AUGGAACUAUCUAAGACCGACCCAGUUCCAAAUGGCUUCGUAGUUGACCGACCAGUGGCACUGCCAGAAAAUCUCGGGGAUAAAGAGGAACUUGUCAGCGCGGACCGAGAAACGUUUCCGGGAGGGCUUGACAAUCCUGGUUUUAAUGCCACUAUAGAGGGGGGAGGUAACCAGCAAGAGGGUGCCAGCAGUGACACGAGUAGCGACAACAUCAAGUUCAGAAACACUGACAAAGAUGAUGUUAACCAGAACGAGAACAACGAGUCAGUUCUGCGACGCUCAGUGCCAGGAAGAAGUGGGAAAAGAGAUAGCUGUGCCAGUCUUGAUAGUAUGGACCGGAAGGCACCUUGGCGAACAUGGGAUGUGUUUCGGAUAAUAUCUCGAGAGAAGGACACGUCACUGGAUGACGCUACUGUUAACAAGCUGAGGAAAGGUGUCAAAGUUGGAGUGGGGAUGUUUUUGUCUGUCUGUGUCCUCGUGUUGACCGUUAUCAGCAAAAGUACCCUUCUUCUCAUUACAUCAAACAUUUACGUGAACGUCACGCUGUAUUGUGAGACAUACGACGAUGAGCAUUUCACUUUCUGUGCAAGAGCUCCCCCAGACAGGAUGAAUGGUACAGUAUUCAGACCAUCUCAGAACGUGGAGAUACGCUGGCUGUGGGCACUCCUAAUUGUCAUCAUAGCACCAUAUAUAUUCACUUUCAUCAAGUGUUCUUGGAGGGCAUGUUUCAAAAGCACACGAAAUCCAACAUGCAAAAUUACACUUACAGUGAUAAUUCCUGAGACUCUCCACACGGCUGGAGUCUGUAUUUUCUCCUUCCAAGUGCUUCCAUCACUUGAUGCGAUCCGAGGGAUGGUACUCAUGAUGGGUGUUGCUUUCCUACCAGCUGUACUUAAGCUUUUUGAUGGUCAAGAACCAGGAGGUCGCAAGUUCCACGUUAUUCUGAUAGAUUUCCUGUGUGUAAUCGUGCAACUCUCUGUGCUCCUUUUGUGGCCACUGAGGAACUAUUUUUUCUCUGAUACAUUUUACCAUGAAACAUGGGCUAUUCCGACAUCUCUGUUCUUGGUUUCCUUUGGAUGGUGGGAAAAUUAUGUGAACACCUAUAACAGAUUGGGAGCUCUUGGAAACAAACUCAGAAGUUUGAAACGAGGCAUUCGACGUCAAAGAACUAAGUUGUACUUAAUUGUCAGUGUUUGGAAGAUUAUACUCACGCUGAGUGUAAUGACAGUCAUAAUGAGCGACCUCAAUAUUUCAUGUGUGAAGGCUCUUUACUAUUUGGGACACGAUGGCGCACAUGAAUGUCCGCAUCUGGUAAACCCAUAUGGAAUAGUGAACGUAGAGGCUGUUGAAUAUUUUCAGAGUCCCUUCUGGGUGAUGCUCGUGCAGAUUGGAUGUUGUCUGCUCUGCUAUACGUUUGCCAAGACCUCUUGCAAAAUCCUCCUGCAGAUUGGGGGCUUUGCAAUUCCUCUUGUCCUUUCAAUGCCUAUCCUGGUAGGGACUCUCAUAGCAGACUGCGAGACAUGGAAAUCAGACACCACUGGUUCUUGGAUAACUGCCCUGCCUUCAGAGAUGUUCUGGACAUGUGACAUCCAUGGACUCUCUGUAAACUACCUAUCGAAACUGACAACCGAUUACUGGCUUCCCGUAGCUGUAGCCUGGUGGUUCUCCUUCAUCUGGAUCACACUGCAUAUCUGGUUUCCUCGGGUGGAGCGGCUUGUACAGACAGAAAGGUUAUUCAUACAGCCACUGUACUGCGGUCUCUUCCUGGAGCAGUCCCUCAUCCUCAACAGGCGGAGAGAUGACAAAGACCGAGAACAAAAGAAUAUUAAGAAGGAGGGCGGCCUUCAUAUCUUCCAGUCUGUAGAUGGGGAAGAAACUGGAAACCCUCUGCAGACACGCGGUUCUCUCCGUACUGAUGUGACACCCAUGAUCUACUUAUGUGCAACUAUGUGGCACGAGACAGAGCAGGAAAUGGUACAGAUGUUAACAUCCGUCUUCAGAUUGGACCUGGACCAAUGUACAAGGAAACAUGCAUAUAUUUUUUUCGACGUUUAUGAUCCAGAUUAUUAUGAGUUUGAAGCCCACAUUUUCUUUGACGAUGCGUUUGAAGCUCACGAAGAUGAUGAAUACGAAUUUCACGUCAACAACUUCGUGAAGAGUCUAGUGAACAUUAUCAGUACUGCAGCAAGCAACGUUCAUAAAGCUCAAGUUAAAAUGGACCCACCCACUAAAUACCCAACGCCAUACGGAGGAAGACUUGAGUGGACACUACCAGGACAAAACAAGCUGCUCAUACACAUGAAGGACAAAGCGAAAAUACGUCACAAGAAGCGAUGGAGUCAGGUGAUGUACAUGUACUACUUACUUGGCCAUCGACUGGUGGGGCAACCACUACCAGAUGUUCGUAGGAAACAGACAAUCGCGGACAACACGUUCAUUUUGGCCCUUGAUGGAGACGUCGACUUCAAACCCUCUGCUGUGCAGCUCCUGGUGGACCGAAUGAAAAAGAACGAAAAAGUGGGAGCAGCAUGUGGUCGCAUCCAUCCAAUUGGAACUGGUCCUAUGGUGUGGUACCAGAAGUUUGAGUACGCCGUAAGCCAUUGGUUACAGAAGGCAACAGAGCAUAUGACAGGGUGCGUCCUGUGUAGCCCUGGAUGUUUCAGCUUGUUCCGGGCCUCAGCUUUGAUGGACGACAACAUGAUGAGAAAGUACACUACCUUGGCGAGCGAAGCGAGACACUACGUCCAAUAUGAUCAAGGCGAGGACCGAUGGCUGUGUACACUGCUACUCCAACAAGGCUACAGAGUGGAGUACUGUGCAGCCGCAGAUGCUUUGACCUAUGCCCCAGAAGGUUUCAAGGAGUUCUAUAACCAGAGACGACGGUGGUCGCCUUCAACCAUGGCUAACAUCAUGGAUUUACUGUAUGACUGGCGCAGUAUCAUCAAGGUCAAUGAGAACGUAUCUGUAUUAUACAUGUUGUACCAACUGCUCUUGUUUGUGUCUUCGCUCCUUACCCCCGGCACGAUCUUCCUCCUGAUCGUGGGCGCUAUCAACACGGCCUUUCCUGAACUCGACCUGCUGGAUUCUCUUCUCUGCAAUAUGGUUCCAAUAGGAAUAUUCCUACUUGUCUGUUUCUGCUGCAAGUCAAACAUACAGCUGAAAAUUGCUGCAAUCCUCUCAGGGAUGUACGCCCUGGUAAUGAUGCUGGUGACUGUAGGAUUAGCACUGGAGAUGAAGAGGGAGGGAAUCUGCGCCCCGACAACUAUAUUCAUGAUAUUUGUAGUUGGGGUAUUCAUCAUUUCAGCAAUAAUGCACCCCAUGGAAAUCACCUGCCUAGCGCAUGGUGCUCUAUAUUUCAUGGCAAUUCCGAGUAUGUCGAUGCUAUUGAUGAUCUACUCUAUCUGCAACCUGCAUGUGGUUUCCUGGGGCACAAGAGAGGUGAUACAACCAACCCAAGCGGCCCAGGCCAAAAAGGAAAAGAAAAAGCUGAAAUCUGGUCGUUUCCAGUCUAUUAUCAAUCUCUUUAGCAAUGAUGAUAAGGUGGAUAGUGAUUAUGGCUUCUCCUUUGGAAACCUAUUCAAGUGCAUCUGCUGUCCCCGGCCUCAGGUUGACAACACCGCCAGUAAAUUUGGGGCCGUUCUUGACAAACUGGAGCAGCUUGAAACGUCAAUACAUAGCAUUAAGAAUGGCUUGGCCUCCAGUCCAUUAUCUCCGUCGAUACAGGUCACAAACGAACAAGGCAUUACCUACGACCUGGACACGCCGGCACCUUUUCUUCAGCAGGAGACAUUGCAGAACAAUCUCAAUACCGAAGGCGUGAUAAGACAUAAUCCCUUGUAUGAGAAGGAGAUGCAUAUCCAUAAUGAUGAGUACUCCCCAUACUGGAUUUCUGAUCCAGACAUUGGACAUGGUCGGACUCGAUACCUUGGUCAGGAAGAGAUACGCUUCUGGAAAGAUCUCAUUGAAAGGUACCUUUACCCAUUGCAGAGUACUGAAGAGCUCAAGCAGAAGAUGCAACGAGACCUUAUCCAUUUGAGGAACAAAAUGAGUCUAAUGUUUUUCAUUCUGAAUGCCUUAUUUGUUGUUAUCAUAUUCGCUCUACAGUACACAAAUGCCCAGAGUAACGGCAAAGGACUGGCGAUACCACUUCCAUGCAAGUCUGAAAGUGGUACUGCACUCACGAUCGAACCGUUCUCCCUUAUAUUUAUGGCGAUAUUCGGUAUUGGUUUGCUCAUCCAGUUCAUUGCAAUGUUCUUCCAUCGCAUGGGCACGUUCCUGCAUAUAAUAUCUUCUACAGAAGUAAACUGCAUGAGGCUGAAUCAGAAGGAAGUAGCUGCUAUGGACAUAUCUGAUAAGCUGGAAUUAGUGAAAUCAAUGCAGAGUUAUGGCGAUGAUGAUGACACGAGAUCAGUGACGUCAAUAAGCUCAAUGGAUAGCUUGGAUGAUGACAGCAGCAUGACAACCGAUGACACUCCAAGACCCAGACGAAGGAAGACAGUGCUGCGAAUUACAAAGAAAAGGCGAAAGCAGCAGCACAAAGCCGGAAAUCUUGCACACACAUUUAUGGAUAGGUAUCUGAAGCUUGCUGAUGAUUUAAAAAAUGAACGUGUUGAGAAUAUCUCGCACAAACGGGGAAGUUCCAAGAAGAGGAAGAAGUCUAUCAGGAAGAGCCAAAGAGCUAUAAAGAGUGUUGAGCAAAACAAAAGCGUUGUAUUAAAAAAGGCUCAAAAGUGGAAGCAUAUUGCUGGGAUAGUUCGUGGAUCUGGAAUGCACUCAACAAUAAAUGACCACCAUCAUAAUGACCCUUGGCUGAGUGUUGUCAAGGGGGUCCUCGCGCAGUCUAGGGCCUCUUCGCAUACCAGUUUAGACAAAGUAGAAGAGGAACGUCAUGGCAUCAUACUCGGGAACAGAGGGAGGCGUCCCUACACAGAUGGUUCCAAAUGGAGCAAAUUGAAGGACAGUCUUAGUGGACACCUUAGUGCUGUGGCUGAAAGCGACACAUCUGCUAAGCCAGAUAACCAAUAUGGUACUCAUGAGAAUGACGACACAUCAAAUGGUAACGUUGUGCGCGUGCAGAUCGCAGUAGAGAACGGCACAUCCAGGAGGUCAAGCAAAUCCAGUCUGGACACCUCUUUUCAUGAUCACCAUGAGGCUUCACUCCUGGACGAAGCAGUCGGAAACGCAAGCUUCGUUAACGAGGACAAUGAUAAAAAAUUGACAGUGAACACCGGAAUAUACAGCAUCGCUGAUAAUACAGAUUCGGACACAGGAUCUGUUGAAUUUGAGAAUAAAGGUAACAGUGAAAGCCCACCUCAAAGCCCAACUCAUGCUACCACAUCUGUGUGA